AUGAAGUCACAUAUGCAUCCUGUAAAGAUGUUUCUUCAGUACUUGCUUCUAUUCCUUAUGCUCCCACUUUGCAGCUCCACUAACACCAUAACUCCCAACCAACCCUUCAGAGAUGGUGACCUUCUAGUCUCUAAACAGUCCAGGUUCGCUCUUGGCUUCUUCAGUCCACGGAAUUCUACACUCCGAUAUAUUGGAGUUUGGUACAACACAAUUCGUGAACAAACCGUUGUAUGGGUUCUUAACAGAGACCAUCCUAUCAACGAUAGCUCCGGAGUCCUCUCCAUCAACACUUCUGGAAACCUCCUUCUGCACCGCGGAAACACUCAUGUAUGGUCCACAAACGUUUCCAUCUCAUCAGUGAACCCUACUGUGGCUCAGCUCUUAGAUACAGGAAACCUAGUCUUGAUCCAUAACGGUGACAAGAGGGUUGUGUGGCAAGGCUUUGAUUAUCCCACAGAUAAUUGGAUUCCCCACAUGAAAUUCGGACUGAAUCGGAGAACCGGUUUCAACGUGUUCCUAACUUCUUGGAAGUCCCCAACCGACCCAGGAACAGGGAAAUACUCGUAUAGGAUUAACGCCAGUGGGUCUCCACAAAUAUUUUUGUACCAGGGUUCAGAGCCGCUAUGGAGAACCGGUAACUGGAACGGGCUCCGGUGGAGCGGUCUGCCGGCGAUGAUGUAA